AUGAGUGGAAAAAUAGUGCGCAAUUUCAUGGAGUAUUAGCAACUAAUAUCAUUUAUCAAUCAACUCAACACCACGAACAGUUUAAAUUAACGCUGAGACGCUCCGUUACAUCUGAACGUAUUGAUCUACUGAAAUUAUGGCGACUCAGGAGGAAGAUACCGCAUAACCCAAGCCGUCAACCGAAACCAACACAUUCUGGUGACCAG